AUGGCGCGGAAGAGAAACUCUCGCUCCAAGAGGAACGCCGAUGGCGAGCAGCGUGAGACCCCGCAGGCUGCCGCUGAAGAGGAGCAGCCUCAAUCCACUCAGGCUGUCACUGAGGAGGAGCAGCCUAAAACCACCCCAGUUGUCCCUGAAGAGGAGCAGCCUAAAACCAUCCCAGCUGUCACUGAAGAGGAGCAGCCUCAAUCCACUCAGGCUGUAACUGAGGAGGAGCAGCCUAAAACUUCCCGAGCUGUCACUGAGGAGGAGCAGCCUAAAACCUCCCCAGUUGUCACUGAAGAGGAGCAGCCCAAGACCACCCCAGUUGUCACUGAAGUGGAGCAGCCCAAGACUGCGAGCGGUUUGUCGGCUUCUGUGGAGUCAUCUGCGGACGCUUCUGAUCGGCCUUCCGAGCAGGAGGGCGGUACAUCGAAGGAGACAGAGAGUGUCACAGCUUCUCCCAGAGACGCCCGCUCAGCUGCUUCUCAAAAGGAGAAGACCUCCCUGAGUUGCGCUGGCUCCCCGCGUGCAGGGUCUCCAGCGGUUCGCGCCUCGCCAGUCACGUCCCCUCAAACGGGCCUCCUUUCUCCGAGAGGAGAGCCUCCGUCGACGCGUCUGUCGGACUAUCUCUUGCUGUCACCGACGACAGAGAAAGCCGAAGGCGCACACUCAUCUGGAGUGAGAACGCCUACAAAGCCGACCACGAGCACGCCGGAAGAAAGGGUGGGCGACGAUCUGUCGGUGGGAAGAUACUCCGACGUGCUGGGCCAUCACUUACCUCAGACCUCCUUCGAGGCGACGCUGCCCUGGACACGAACUGAGUACACCUGCGGACUCUGCGCGCCGUCCUCAACGUUCAUUCUACCGACCUCGACGCCGAUUAAAGCAGACCUUACCAGAUACGAAGGCCCGGAUUGCAAGCUCAUUACGAUUCGCACGCGGCGAUACCCUGCCCACCAAGCUUCUUUCGUUGACCAAGUGAACAUCGCUCAAGACCGUCGCAGUCUGUGGGAGAUGGGGAAGGCGGUUUUUUCCAAGGAGGGUUUCAAGUUCGCGGAUGCACGAGGCGUUUGGAACCUGGUGAGAGAGGUGAAGCGCGGAUGCCUUGAACCAGGAUAUUACCCCGUUGUUGAGGUUCACCAUGGCGGCCGGAAGGUCCGAAAGCAAAGGGUGCCUCCCGCUGUUGAUCUCUACCAUUAA